AUGACAACACCAGUUUUAACUACAUCAAAUGGUGCUCCAGUAGACAAUAAUUUAAAUUCAAUGUCUGUUGGUAAUCCAGGUCCACUCUUAUUACAAGACUUUCAUUUAAUCGACAAACUUUCACACUUUGAUCGUGAACGUAUCCCAGAACGUGUUGUUCAUGCUAAAGGUGCUGGUGCCCAUGGUUAUUUCGAAGUUACCAAUCCAGAUAUUCCAAAAUGGUGUAGAGCUAAAUUUUUAAACAAAGUUGGUAAAAGAACUCCAAUCUUUACCCGUUUCUCAACUGUUGGUGGUGAAAAGGGUUCAUCUGACUCUGAAAGAGAUCCAAGAGGUUUUGCUGUUAAAUUCUACACUGAAGAAGGUAAUUGGGAUAUGGUUGGUAAUAACACUCCAGUUUUCUUUAUUCGUGACCCAAGCAAAUUCCCAGAUUUCAUUCACACACAAAAACGUAAUCCACAAACCAAUUGCAAAGAUCCAAAUAUGUUCUGGGAUUUCUUAGGUCUUACCCCAGAAUCAACUCAUCAAGUUAUGAUUUUAUUCUCAGAUAGAGGUACACCAAAAUCAUACCGUCACAUGCAUGGUUUCUCAUCACAUACAUUAAAGAUGGUCAAUCAACAAAACAAAGCAUCAUGGGUUAAAUUCCACUUUAUCUCAGAAACCGGUAUUCAAAACUUUACCGCUGAAGAAGCUGGCAAACUUUCAUCAACUGACCCAGAUUCAGCCACCAGAGAUCUCUUUGAAUCUAUUUCAAAAGGUGUUGAACCAGCUUGGAAAGUUUCAAUUCAAGUUAUGGAACAUGAUGAUGCCUUCAAAUACCGUUUCGAUCCAUUCGAUGUCACCAAGGUUUGGCCACACAAAGAUUAUCCAUUAAUCCCAAUUGGUCGUAUGGUAUUAAACCGUAACCCAGAAAACUACUUUGCUGAAGUCGAACAAGCUGCAUUCUCACCAUCACACAUGGUCCCAGGUAUUGAACCAUCAUUCGAUAAAAUGCUCCAAGGUCGUCUCUUCUCAUACCCAGAUACCCAUCGUCAUCGUCUCGGUGUUAACUAUCAACAAAUCCCAAUCAAUUGCCCAUACGCCGCCAGAGGUGGUGUUAAAAACUACCAACGUGAUGGUUUCAUGGCUGUUAAUGGUAACGGUGGUAAAGGUCCAAACUACCAACCAAACUCAUUCAAUGGUCCAGAACCAAACCCAGAAUUUACUCAACACAAAUUCGAAAUCAGCGGUGUUGGUGCUCGUCAACCAUACACUCAUCCAAAUGAUGAUUUCAUUCAACCAGGUAACUUAUACAGACUCAUGGAUGAAGGUGCUAAAUCACGUCUCGCUAGUAAUUUAGUUGGUCACAUGCAAGGUGUCACUGUUCGUGAAAUCCUUCUUCGUGCCGUAUCAAACUUCUAUAAAGCCGAUAAAGAUUUAGGUGCCCGUCUCUGUAAAGGUCUUGGUAUUGAUGUCAACGAUGUCGUUAAAUUCACCACUAGAUCAAACUUGUAAAAAUUUAAAUAAAACAACAACAACAAUCACCACCACCACUUUUCAAACUUUAUUUUUUUAGUAAUAUAAAAAAAAAAAAAUAAAAAAAAAUAUAUUAAUUUUUUGUUACAUU